AAAGAGAUAAACCAUUAACUCUAGCAUUAGUUUCGCCCACGAACAAGCCUAGGCCAUUUCCUCACCUUUCCACCACUUAGUCUUCUCUCUUACAUUCCUUCUUCAUUUUCAUCAGGAAUAAUGGAAUACUGCAUGGAACUGAGAGCAUUGAAAUCGAGUGUAAGAGGAGAACUCACAUUGCAAAAGACCCAGCAACAUGUUUUCGAUGAUUUUUUGGUCAUGAAUGUUAUGAACGGCGCCGCCGUUCCCAACGAAGAUUUCUCCGUUGACUGUUUCCUUGAUUUCAAUAACGGAGAAUUCGAAGAAGAUUCCGUUGAAGAAAAAGAAUCCGUUUCUGUUUCAUAUCAAGAACGGGUAGCAGACGAUGAUAGUAAUUCAAAUUCCAGCAGUUUUUCCCUCGAUUCCGUCUUUACCAGCGAACUUUCCGUUCCGGAUGAUGAAAUAGCUGGGCUCGAAUGGGUGUCUCACUUUGUGGACGAUUCGUUGCCGGAGCUUCCUUUGCCAUGCAUGGUAUUUAAUCAGCAAACCGAGAACCGUGAAAAUACUCGGUUUGAAGCGGAACCUGGCCCCAUUUUUGUGAAAGCGCCGUGUUUUUCAAAGUCAGUUCCAUCAAAAGCGAGGAGCAAAAGGGCAAAACCGGCCGUCCCGACAUGGUCGGUUGGGUCACUGCCUAUUUCCGAGUCGUCGUCUUCGAUGACAACGUCUUCGAGUAUCUGUUCGGGGUUGGUUAAUGAUUUUACGGAACCGCCGACCAAAAAGCAGAAGAAAGAGGCGGUGGGUGUUCGAGUUAGUGGAUUGUCAAGCGGGAACCCUUUUCAACGGAGGUGUAGUCAUUGCCAAGUUCAAAAGACUCCACAGUGGAGAACCGGUCCGCUUGGGUCCAAAACCUUAUGCAACGCUUGUGGGGUUCGUUACAAGUCCGGUCGUCUUCUUCCUGAAUAUAGACCGGCUUGUAGUCCCACUUUUUCCGGUGACAUCCACUCCAGCAGUCAUCGGAAAGUUUUGGAGAUGAGGAAAAAGAAAGCAACAGCAGUCAUGGAUUCAUCUGAGUUAACCCGGAUGGUUCAGAGUUUUUGAAGUUAGGUAUACCAGGAUAGGUUCACGUGACCAGGGUUCAACCCUGUUUAAUUGUUAUUGGGUUUAGAUUUUCUUAGGUUUAUUUAUACUUCUAGUUUUAGACUUUUUUAUA